CAAAAAAAUAAUGACGCCAAUUUUAAUGACGCUAACGCUACUAACUAAAUCCUAAAUUCUAAAUCCGAAACCUUAAAUCUAAACCCUAAACCCUAUAACCUAAAUUCUAAACCCAAACUCUAAACCCUAAACUCAAAUCCUAAACCCUAAACCCAAACCCUAAGCCCAAACCCUAGACCUUAAAUCCAAACCCAAGAUCAUAAAUUCAAACCCAAACCUAGACUCUAAAUCCAAUCUUUAAACCUUAAAGGAACAACAUCAACUUUAACCCAAACCUUUAGGGUAUAGGAUUUGGAUUUAGGGUUUACGAUUUGAGUUUUGGGCUCUAGGGAUUAGGUUUGGGUAUAUGGUUUUGAGUUUAGAGUCUAGGGUUUGGGUUGAGGAUUUAGAGUUUAGGAUUUGGGUUUAGGGUUUAUUGUUUGAGUUUAGGGUCUAGGAUAUGAGUUUAGGGUUUACGGUUUGGGUUUAGGGUUUGAGUUUAGAAUUUAGGAUUUAGAUUUAAGGUUUAGGGUUUAGAAUUUAUGAUUUAGGGUUUAGUUAGUGGCGUUAGUGUCAUUAAAAUUAACGUCAUUAUUUUUUUCUAAUUAUUUUAGAUUUUUUUAAAAAAAUUAAUCUAUUUUAUUAUUAAUUUAUGUGGUAUGUUGAUUGGUAAUAAGAAGAGGGGGUACCUAGCUAGUCUUUUUUUUUUACUAACACGCGUAAAAGAAAAUACAAUUUCUCUAAUUUACAGUUAUCUUAUCAUAAUUAUUAACUGAGUUUAUCGCCUACAUUAGGCUACCUCCAUAAUCAUUUCUUCUAGUUAACUAAAAAGUUUGGGUGUUAUUCGAAAAAGUUUCGAUGUUUUAUUACCUCGGGGAGUAUUGCACACAAAUGUGUUGUAGAAAAUAAAAUAAAUAUUUUAUUAUUGAAGACAAUGGCAUUUUUUAAAUGAGAUAAUGACGAGGAUUGAGAAUUACACUCCUUUCGUCUUCUUUUUUUUUUUUUUUUUCUUCUUCUUUUAUCCUCCCUCUCUGUAAGUCAUAAGUGCUGUUUCUGCAGUUAUAUCUUUCUCUCUUUUUAUCUCUCUCUCCAGUAUUUAAAUAGAGAAGUAAUAUAGACAAAGUGGUAGUGAGAUGAUCAUGUUCGAGUCAAGAAGCAGUGUGAGAGGUUCAAACUCAGUCCCAGAUCUGUCUCUUCAGAUCAGCCUUCCAAACUCUCACGCCGAGAAACCCCUUCACGGCAGUGAACGGAGCUUCACCACAAGCAGUGACUCCGGAAGCAGCCUCAGUGAGUUAAGCCAUGAGAACAGCUUCUUGAAGAAACAUCUCUUGAGCCUAGGCUUUGAUCAUCAUCAUCCAUAUCAUCAUCAUCAGAGGCACAGCUCAAACAUGUUCCAACCACAAAUCUACGGACGAGAUUUCAAGAGAACCUCAUCUUCUGUGGUUAGUCUUAAACGAAGUAUCCGAGCUCCAAGAAUGAGAUGGACUUCUACUCUCCAUGCUCAUUUCGUCCAUGCUGUUCAACUUCUUGGAGGCCAUGAAAGAGCAACGCCUAAAUCAGUCUUGGAGCUGAUGAAUGUGAAGGAUCUAACCCUAGCUCAUGUCAAGAGUCACUUGCAGAUGUAUAGAACAGUGAAAUGCACUGAUAAAGGAUCAUCAGGAGAAAGAAAGGUGGAGAAAGAGGCAGAGCAGAAGACAGAGGACAAUAAUAAUAAUAAUGAAGACGCUGACGCUGACCCAAUUUCGCCAAACUCACCAUCUGUGCAAAAGACCCAAAGAUCUCCUUGGUCUUCCACUAAGGGAGUGUCUAUGAGCAUAUCACAAGCAGAUCCUCACAUGGAAAUAUAUCGUAUCACUAAGGAUGAUGUGGAGAAAGAUCAUCUCAGCUUGGAAUUCACCUUGGGGCGGCCGAGUUGGGGGAUAGACCAUGUGUAAAUCAUCCAGCGAUCUAACCUUUAUCAAGUGCUAAUUGUUUCACUUGGAGAACUACAAUAAAUUAAUAAGUCAGCUUAGUUAUUUUUUAAUCAGCUUAGUUAUAUCUAUUUAACAUAUUAACUUGUUUGAUCAUAUGGACUUUGGAAGAAUCAUUAUCAUCUUAUAUGUACGAUCUUCCGUACUGUUCACGAGAUUUUUGUGAUGCAUAAACAAGGGAUUUGGGUUAAGUA